AUGUCAUCGAAGUUGAGGAUUCUGGUCCCCGUCAAGAGGGUUAUUGACUACGCUGUCAAACCACGAGUCAAGUCCGACCGCAGCGGGAUUGAGACGUCGAACGUGAAACACUCACUCAACCCAUUCGACGAGCUCUCGAUCGAAGAAGCAGUGCGCCUGCGCGAGCGGAAGCAGCCCGUCGAGGAGAUCGUGGCCGUGAGCGCGGGACCCGCCAAAUGUGCCGACACAUUACGGACGGCGAUGGCCAUGGGGGCGGACCGGUCGAUCCACGUCGACGUGCCGGAGGACAAAGCACUCGAACCGCUGGGCGUGGCAAAGCUGCUGAAAGCGAUCGCGGAGAAAGAGAACUCGAACCUCAUCAUCCUGGGAAAGCAGGCGAUCGACGACGACGCCGGCCAGACGGGCCAGAUGCUCGCCGGUCUGCUGAAUUGGCCGCAGGCCACGCAGGCGAGUAAAGUCGAGAUCAAAGACCAGGAAGUCACGGUGGAGAGGGAGGUCGACGGCGGCGUCGAGACGCUCAAGGCGAAGCUCCCCAUGAUCAUCACCACCGAUCUGAGAUUGAACGAGCCCCGCUACGCCAGCUUGCCGAACAUCAUGAAGGCCAAGAAGAAGAAGCUGGAGAAGAAGACACUCGCGGACUAUGGCAUCGAUGGCUCACACAGGCUGAAGACGGUCAAGGUUGAGGAGCCUCCUGUGCGACAGGGUGGUGGCAAGGUCGAUGAUGUUGAUGGCAUGAUCGCGAAAUUGAAGGAAUUGGGAGCCAUCUAA